GCCUGGCGUGCCCGAUAGGCGUACCGGAAGCUUCACAGUUCCAUCGAAUUCUCACCUCGUCUGUUGAUUGCGCAAUUUUGUAUGCGCAGUGCUUUGCGUGUCUGCAGUAGAUUUUACUCCAUUAGCAAACCCAUUAUCCCUACUGCAAUGGGCACUGAAGGACCUUGCAAUCUGGCCAGUGCCUUGGGCGAGAAAAAUCUCCCUCCGCCUCCGGAAUUCAUAGCCUAUCGUGACAAACUUUGGCAGAAGUUGCGGCGCGAAUAUGACGCUUUCGUCGCUUCGCAACCGCGAUCGCCCAUUCAAAUCACCUUACCCGACGGCGCGACCAUCGAGGCAAAGGCUUGGGAAACCACACCCAUGGCCAUCGCUCAAAGUAUCAACAAGAAGUUGGCUGAGCAUGCUGUGAUUGCUCGGGUGAACGGGGAGCUGUGGGACUUAUUACGACCUUUUGAGAAGGACGCAAGUCUGGAGAUUUUGAAUUUUGACAGCAAGGAUGGUCAGUACGUCUUCUGGCAUUCUUCUGCGCACGUCUUGGGCGAGGCACUGGAACAGGCUUACGGUGGUCAUCUGUGCUAUGGACCUCCUGUGGAAGAGGGAUUCUAUUACGAUAUGUGGUUUCCACAAAAGGAUCACAAAGGUCUAAACCAGGACGACCACUCUUUGCUUGACAAUAUUUGUCGCCAGAUUUGCAAGGAGAAUCAACCAUUCGAGAGGUUGGAAAUGUCAAAGGAGGAUCUUUUAGAAAUGUUUGCUUACAACGAGUUCAAGUGUCGAAUCAUUCGGAACAAGAUCACCACGCCGACCACAACCGUCUAUCGAUGUGGACCGUUGAUUGACUUGUGCCGCGGUCCACAUGUACGACAUACAGGUUGCAUCAAAGCAAUGAUGGUCACGAAAAGCAGUUCCGCCUACUGGGAAGGUCGUGCGGAUGCGGAAACCUUACAACGUGUCUAUGGCAUUUCUUUCCCCGAUCCGAAACGGCUAAAGGAGUGGAAACAUUUCCAGGAAGAAGCUAUCAAGCGUGAUCAUCGCAAACUCGGAGUGGAGCAAAAACUAUUCUUCUUUCACGAGCUGUCCCCUGGUAGUUGCUUCUUCCUUCCCGCCGGCGCUCACAUUUACAACACACUUAUCUCGUUUAUCCGUUCGGAGUACCGGCGUCGCGGUUUCCAGGAGGUGAUUACUCCCAACAUUUACAAUUCCAGUCUUUGGGAGAUUAGUGGACACUGGCAACAUUACAGCGAAAACAUGUUCAAAAUCGACAUUGAGAAACAGCAGUUUGGGCUGAAACCGAUGAACUGUCCCGGUCACUGCCUCAUGUUCGCCAAAGAGAUACGGUCUCAUAGGGACCUUCCGUUGCGUUUCGCAGAUUUUGGCGUUCUCCAUCGAAAUGAAUUCUCUGGUGCUCUGACCGGUCUGACCCGUGUGCGUCGGUUUCAACAAGAUGAUGCACACAUUUUCUGUCGUGAAGAUCAGAUCAAAGACGAGAUCAAGAGUUGCCUGGAUUUUCUUAGAUGCGUCUACGGAGUGUUCGGUUUCACGUUUGAACUCUACUUAUCCACCCGCCCGGAGAAAUUCAUGGGUGAGCCUGAGUUGUGGGAUCGCGCAGAAACGCAACUGCGGGAGAGCAUGGAUGAGAUGGGUUUGCGAUGGGAAUUGAAUCCGGGCGAUGGAGCUUUUUACGGGCCGAAAAUCGAUAUCACCAUCAUGGAUGCCCUGCGCCGUCGACAUCAGUGUGCUACUAUUCAACUGGAUUUCCAAAUGCCAACUCGUUUCUCUCUCGUCUAUGCCUGUGAAACAGAUCCUACGUCAACGAUGAAUGGAGGCGACAGCAUCGCACACGUGCCAACCACAAACCAUCCAGAGGCUCACCUUCGACGACCAGUUAUCAUUCAUCGGGCGAUUUUGGGUUCUGUUGAACGGAUUAUGGCCAUUCUGACAGAAUCUUUUGCGGGUAAAUGGCCUUUCUGGCUCAGUCCUAGACAAGCUCUUGUUGUACCGGUCGCUUCGCCGUUUGACCAGUACGCCACUGAGGUGAAAACACGUCUGCACGACGCGGGAUUCGAAGUGGACGUGGAUACUGACCCUGGACGCACGAUGAACAAGAAAAUCCGCACUGGACAGCUGGCUCAGUACAAUUUCAUCCUGGUUGUCGGGGAGAAAGAAGCCACUAGCGGCACAGUGAAUGUUCGCACACGGGACAACAAAAUUCACGGUGAACAUACGGUGGAACACGUUAUCGAACGAUUUCGUGCCUUGGCUGAGUCAAAAACACGUGAUGCAGAACAGGAAUACUAGCUGGCGGUCUUCUCCCCAUGGUCUGGGAAACUGCAUGUGUCGUUUGGUACCUUUGUAAUUUUAUGAUCGCAAGCUAAACUGUCCCUGGUUCCUUU